AUGUCUUCUGCCAGCUCAAAAAAACCGCUUCUGCUUUACACUGGUGUCACGCCCAAUGGGCGAAAAGUGUCUAUCUUGCUUGAGGAACUCAAAGCUAUGUAUGAUAAUAUCGACUAUGACGUGUACAACGUCAACAUGUCGAAUGACGAGCAGAAGGAGCCGUGGUACAUCAAACUGAACCCUAAUGGAAAGGUACCCGUGCUUGUCGAUAGACAGCGCGGGGAUUUCGCCGUUUUCGAAACCGCUGCGAUACUGCUGUACCUCGAGCAACACUACGACCUUCAAUACAAGUUCUCUUUUAACCCAGCCACACAGCCGAACGAUCACAGCGAGAUGCUGCAGUGGAUGUUCUUCGCUCACGGUGGAAUUGGACCUAUGCAGGGACAGGCGGCUCAUUACACCCGCUUUUUGCAGGAAGACAUACCCUACGCAAAGAAGCGUUAUGUCGACGAAACCAAGCGUCUCUACAACGUCCUGAACAUUCGUCUCGCCAACCGUGACUGGCUUGCUGGACCAGGACGUGGCGCAUACAGCAUUGCCGAUAUAAACGCCUUCCCUUGGGUCAAUCUUCACGGAUUCUGCGGUAUCGAAUCACUCGACGAAUGGCCCAACGUCAAGUCGUGGAUCACCAGAAAUAAGGAGCGACCCUGUGUGAGAGCAGGACUCGCAGUGCCUUAA